GGAGAGUCACAUAGUCAUUCUAAGCCAGAUAAAAGAGAUAAAAAUAAAAAAGAUGUUUUGUAGAGAGUCGUCGUCUAGUCUCCAGACCGUGAGCGUAGCAAAGAGUCUUAGUUCUUUGUUCCAUAAGCCAUCAGCGUUCAUUAACCCCAUCCAUGUCGGACGUAGAGACAAGCUGCCUCGUCGAGGGAGAUGUAAGAAGGUCGUCACGGCCUCACUGUCUAAUAUUGAACGUGAAGGUAAUGUACUGAAAAAUAAUGUUAAGACAGUCAAAGUAAAGGGAUUCAUAACAGCACAAGAAGAGUUUCGUGAUGGUAUAGCUUGGUCGAGACCGCUCGAUCAACUAGCUGAUCUCCGCGGUAAGUCACUACUUGUCGAGCUUAUCAGCGCCGAGACCGACCCACGGACGGGGAUUGAGAAGGAUCCUGUAGAAGACUACGCGCAACGUGUAUGGUUCGAAGCCCCUGAUGAGAAGUAUGAGUGUGAGUUUGACAUGCCUGAAGACUUUGGAACCAUUGGUGCCAUAAGAGUUCAAAACCAGUACCAUAGACAGUUGUUCCUCAAGAAGAUGGAGAUUGAGUUACCUGACGGGACUGUUACGUUUACAUGUGAAUCAUGGGUGGCCUCUAAGACUGUUGACCCAGCCAAGAGAGUAUUCUUCUCAACCAAGUCCUACUUGCCAUCCGAAACCCCGGAGCCUCUUAUACAGCUUCGAAAGAAAGAGCUAGAGACUUUAAAAGGCAACGACCGCGAAGAAGAUGGUGAAUUCACCAAGUUCGAACGCGUCUACGACUACGACGUGUACAACGAUGUUGGUGACCCUGACAAUAACCCUGAGCUUGCUCGUCCAGUAAUUGGAGGCCCGGCACAUCCUUAUCCAAGGCGUUGCAAGACUGGUCGCAAACCAUGUAAAACUGACCCUGCCACAGAGCAAAGAUACGGGGGAGAGUUCUAUGUCCCUAGAGACGAAGAGUUCUCAAUAGCCAAAGGGACUACAUUCACAGGCAAAGCUAUCUUGGCAGCUAUACCAUCAGUGUUCCCUCAGAUUGAGUCUGUUCUAUUGGAUCCACAAUUGCCUUUUCCUCAUUUCAAGGCCAUACAAAAUCUUUAUGAAGAAGGUAUUGAGCUUCCUAAAGAUGCUGGUCUUUUACCUUUGCUCCCAAGACUCAUCAAAGCUGCUACUGAAGCUCGCGACGAUAUUCUCCAGUUCGAAGCACCAAUCCUCAUUAACAGGGAUAGAUUUUCAUGGUUAAGAGACGACGAGUUUGCUCGCCAGACACUUGCGGGCCUUAAUCCUUACUGCAUUGAACUAGUUAAAGAAUGGCCAAUGAAAAGCAAACUAGACCCGGCCAUUUAUGGUGAUCCCACCUCACUCAUUACUUGGGAAAUUGUGGAAAAAGAAGUUAAAGGAAACAUGUCAGUUGAUGAGGCUCUAAAGAAUAAGAGAUUGUUCGUGUUGGAUUAUCAUGAUUUGCUUCUACCUUAUGUGAACAAAGUGAGAGAGUUGGAUAACACCAACUUAUAUGCAUCUCGAACACUAUUCUACCUCAGCGAUGAUAGCACAUUGAGGCCUGUUGCCAUUGAGUUGACAGUUCCACCAAAUAUCAACAAGCCACAAUGGAAGCAAGUCUUCACACCAGGCUAUGAUGCUACCUCAUGCUGGCUAUGGAGUCUUGCUAAGACUCAUGCUAUAUCUCAUGACGCGGGUUAUCACCAGCUUAUAUCCCAUUGGUUGAGGACUCACUGUUGUAUGGAGCCGUACAUUAUAGCGGCAAACAGGCAACUAAGUGCCAUGCAUCCCAUCUAUAGGCUUUUGCAUCCUCACUUCCGUUACACGAUGGAGAUCAACGCUCGUGCACGACAAAGUCUUGUCAAUGCAGGUGGAAUCAUUGAGACUUGUUUUUGGCCCGGGAGGUAUUCAUUGGAGCUAAGUUCAGACGUCUAUGAUAAACUAUGGAGGUUUGACAUGGAAGGCUUACCUGCUGAUCUCAUCAAAAGGGGGAUGGCUGAAGAAGAUGAGAACGCUAAACAUGGACUACGCCUGACGAUACCAGACUACCCGUUUGCGAAUGACGGUCUAAUAUUAUGGGAUGCAAUUAAAGAAUGGGUGACAGAAUAUGUGAACCACUAUUAUCCAGAUGCAGAACUGAUCAAGUCGGACGAGGAACUUCAAGGAUGGUGGAGCGAAGUGCAAAACGUAGGACAUGGAGACAAGAAAGAUGAACCUUGGUGGCCUGUCCUCGAGACACAAGAUGACUUAAUUAAUAUCGUCACGACGAUUGCGUGGGUCGCUUCAGGUCACCAUGCAGCUGUGAACUUUGGACAGUAUGGAUAUGGAGGAUACUUCCCUAACAGACCAACCACAACAAGGAUAAAAAUGCCGACAGAAGAACCAACAGAUGAAGAGCUAGAGGAGUUCUACGAGUCACCAGAAAAAGUAAUGCUUAAAACAUACCCAUCACAGAAGCAGGCGACUCUAGUGAUGGUCACUUUGGAUCUUUUAUCAACUCAUUCAGUUGAUGAAGAGUACAUUGGAGAGUAUCCGGAAUCAUCUUGGGCUGAUGAACCUAUGAUAAAUGCUGCUUUUGAACGUUUUAAAGGUAGGCUUCAAUAUCUAGAAGGAGUGAUAGAUGAGAGAAACGUGACACUUUCUCUAAAGAAUAGAGCUGGAGCUGGUGUGGUUAAGUAUGAGCUUUUGAAGCCUACUUCUGAGCAUGGUGUUACUGGAAUGGGUGUUCCCUACAGUAUUUCUAUUUGAUCUAUUUUGUUUUCCU